AAUGAAAAAUAACGUUUAGCAUGAUAGUUAAUUUCGAUGAAAGGAAAGGAAGAAUAGACAAAGAAAUAGAGUAUGGUAAAGAUUGAGAGGAGUAGUAGGAGAAGUUAGACAUGGUGGGGUAAAGGAAAGUAAAGGAAGGCAAGGGAAGGCAAGGGAAGGUAAGGUAAAGGCAAGGUAAAGGCAAGGCAAUGCAGAGGCGAGUUACGGGGACGAGCAUGGCGCAAAGGCGCAUUGGCAAAGCAUGCUAAGGCAACGGGUCCAAAGUCGUCGAGUCGUGGCAAGGCUCUGCUGGCGCGUUAACCUCCCGCGUGGACGCAGUACGCUCUCGACUCUCGCGCAGGCUAGAUUGCACCAAUCCCGCUGCUCGAUUCGCCGACCACGUGCGACUCGUGCGUCUCUUUAUUUACGAACUUAAAGAAUUUUCAUUCGACAUUUAGUACUUUUCUUUUUUUCUUUUCUUUUCGCCCUUUUUUUUUUUUUUUUUUUUCUUGUAGAAUUUUAAAGAAAUUUUUUUCCAAUGUCUAUGAAGUGAGUAAUUAAAAAAGAGAAGAAAUUAAAAAAAACGAAAGCAGUGACCAGUGACGUAAACAUUUGACAGUUUUCUAUUUUCCGUCUGUUUUUAUUUUCGUGAUUAAAAAAAAAAAAAAAAAAAAAAAAAAAAAAAGAAAAAAAAGAAAAGAAGGAAAAGAAAUAAAAAAACUGUGAGCUUUUUCCUUUAUCUUGAAUAUCACCAAAGUUAGACCCAACAAAUUCUCUAUAAGCAUCAUGUAAUAUACAAGCUAAAUCGAAAUCAGUUUCUACGGUUGAAACAUCGAGGAAGUUUAGGGAACAUCCCGUUACCACGAAAGUAAUCUAGAAAGUUCCUAUUCCCACGGAUCGAAAGAGAGAGAGAGAGAGAGAGAGAGAGAGAGGGAGGGAGAAAGAAAGAAAGAGAGAGAAACAAGCGAGGAAAUCGAAAAUCGAUCUGCGGCUUGUAUAAUGUUCUCGUGGGCGAGAACGAUCGGGAGAUUCGAAGAAGAAGAAGAAGAAGAAGAAGAAGGAGAAGAAGGAGAAGAAGAAGAAGAAACUUAGGUGGAGUCGUUCCGGUUUCAGGUGGCGACCAACGAUGAAAUCGAAGGUACAUCGAAUGGAUUCGAAAUGGUCACGCCAGCUUGCGUCUGGGAGCGUGAUCCUAAGGAACCAGAACGGAAAGAGAUGAAAGACCAUUGUCCUUUCUCAAGGGAUCGGACAUUCGCACGACACCUGAAGCAUAAAAAACAUUUGAAAAACUUGUGAGUUCGAGAAGAGAAAGAGAGAGAUAGAGAGAGAGAGAGAGAGGGAGGGAGAGAAAGAGAGAGAGAGAGGAAAUAGAGAGAAGCAAUAUUUUUUCGAGUAUUACAUUUAAUUGAGGUUUAUUAGAUUAUCAAAAAUUUAAUUUAAAAAUCUGUGAAGAAGUCUAAUGAAAAGUACAUCUCAAAGAUGACCAUAAAAGGUCACCGUUAGUUACAAAGGCGAAAGAGAGAGAGUCGCGUGGGAGGUUGAGUCUUAAACGAGAUCCUUUUUACGAGCGGCCAAGAAGACAGAUUCUUCGUGCUUGUUCUCAUACACGAAAGAGAAAGAAAGAGAGAGAGAGAGAGAGAGAGAGAGAGAGAGAGAGAAAGAGAGACGAAAGUACGAGCGACUCGUUUAGGCGAGUAAGAUCAGCCGUCUUUUCUCGUUACCACUCUAACCAGGUGUCCUGCGACCCUCCGUGCACGAAAAAGGAUCAAUGUAUUCCAAGAAGAAACCGAGGUCGCAAGUCUAAAAAAGCUGUGAGCCUAGUGCGGAUCGAGGGGUGUUUAGGAGGUGACGUUCAUUCGCAUCGUCACCUUCGUUAACUUUGAAAUAUUCCAAAGAAGUGCAAGCUACGUGACGGAGUCUUGUUCCAAGUUCUUGGAGUCUUUGUUCAGGUUCUUCGAGACCUAAUAGAAAGUGAAUUGGAAGUGUAUAAGUACUUUAUUUCUAAAUCGAGUCACGUGCAUCGACCUUGUGAUUAAACUCUAAGCUGUCAAACGUGAUCGAUCGUUUAGUAAAUUGAUCAUUGAUCCGAGCAUACCAAUAACAAAGCUUGAUCUAUGAUCGAGAGACUUUUAAUAAACAUUUUAAUUCUUUAUCAUAUCGGUUUUGCCAAAUGAGGAAGAGAUCGAUAGAUGAAACGAAAAUAUUCGAAAUAUUGACGAUCGACUAUCGGACGGACGAGUCUAGGAAGAUAAGAAAAGAGGGGGAAAAUAAGAAGAUGCUGGUUGCCUGUACGAAGAGAGCGUGCAGAGCUGGCCUGGUCGCAGUGUUGGUCACCGCACUAUGCGUCCUCACUCUUCUCGAUUCGCCGCCACGACUCCCGGAUCCUCCGGCCGAUCCUCCUCCCACGCCUGGCGAACCACCAGGUACAAGAAGCAUCGUAGCAUAUUCGUGGGCGCGAAGAUUGGCACUCGAUUACAGGCCUUCGAAGGAGUGCGAUGGUGCUAAUGGAACGAACGGAAUGACAUCAGAAAUGGCGUUGGAAACGACGUCGGACGCGUUCGAGUUAACCGCUAUAAGGUGGCUCGAGACGAUCCCUCGACGGCUCUUUCUCUAUAGCGGCCACUUGGAUCUUCGAGUGGCCGGUUAUCCAAGUCUCCGAGUGAUUGCCGUCAAGCAUGGACCUCUACCGACCUCUUCGCUCUUCUGCACCGUUUGGUACGAGGAGGAACAAGGAAGGAUACGAAGUUACAGCAUGGAGGCUCUAGUUUCGCCUAUAUGGUUAGAAGAGUGGGGAGGAGAGACAGACAGUUACACGGGAAUUCUAGUAUCCUGUCAGUUACCGUCGUUAGAAGGAUACACGGCGUAUCCUUCGCGAGUAUACGUCGGUGCUACGUCCUGCUACGAAAAUCCUAGUCAUAGUUUAGCCAUAUUUAGAGACAACGAGACGCAUAAUGAUUAUAGCUCGAAUAAUUCCAAAAGAUUCACACUUUGUAUCAAGGGACUCGAUUUCGACGAAGAUAUAUCAGAGAAAUUAGUGGCGUUCGUCGAAUUACAUAGGAUAUUAGGUGCCGGACUCUUUUAUUUCUACGUUUUCGAUGUUCACGAAAACGUGCUGAAGGUAUUGAGAUUAUACGAAAGAUCAAAUGUAGUUCGAUGGUUCGAUUUAACCCUGCCGGGUGAUUUACCGAAGGAUAAAAAUGAUAGAAGAGAAUUUUUCAACAAUGAUAUCUGGACAAAGAGAAGAAUGGAACUGAUACCUUACAAUCACUGUUUCUACGAAAAUCUACUUCGAUCGGAAUUUGUAGUACCGAUUGACGUGGAUGAGGCAAUCGUACCGGUAAAGAGAAAAAGCUGGCACGGUCUGAUCUUCGACGAGCGUAGGAAACUCGGUGAAACUUUCGAAGAGUUUGCCUCUUAUUCCGUACGGAACGCUUACUUUUUCCGAGAGUUGCAGAACAAGAGCAAAUCCGAUAGUUUCGUCGAGAAUCCAGAUUAUCUGGACACUGUUAGGACCUCUAACAUAUCUCCUGAAGGUGACUCGGUCAAGAGUUUCAUUUCAACUAGGCGAGCUUUAACCGUGCACAAUCAUUAUGCUUUAACAACGUUGAAUCCAACAACGAGAAGAGCUCAUCAUCUGAAUCCUAAUGAUGCCUUAAAGCAUCAUCAUCGAGCCUGUGACAGCAGAUAUCUCGAUUGCGAUCUUCUUAUGGAAGACGUUCGCAUUGACGUCUCUGCUCUGCGUUAUGCGAAUGAGCUCAAGGCUAGAAUGAAAGUCACUUUGAACGACUUGAAUAGCAUCGAUAAUAAAUAAAUUCGUCGCGGUGAUAAACUCAACGAUGAUGAUUCCUUUCUUAUGAAUCUGUGAUACUUCAUUGCUUAUCCCUUUGAAACAUAAGCAUAGAGAAGAGAGAGAAAGAGAGAUGGAAAGAUAUAUAUAUCUAACAUCGAUCAUACUUCAUAUAUAUGAUCGACGUUCUCAAUAAUCUUCUUCUCUUUUGCCAAUCAUUCUUCUCCUUUUUCUCCUUCCAAGUGUUUUAAUAGCAAAGAAAUAGUACUUAAAUUAGUUCACUGGCG